UCCAACAUUAAAGUUAUUAUCUGAUGUUUUUCCUCAAAUGUUGAGUGCACUUCCAAAAAUAUGUUUUUGUGUUCCAAAACUAACUGAAGAAGCAGCAAAAUUUAUUGACAAACUCUUGAAGGCAGAAGAUGUUGAUGACAUACCAGCAGUGACAGGAGAGGAAAAAACUUUUAGAAAGCUUUUCAGUCGCAUCCUUGAUUCCAUAACAAUGACUAGAAAGAACGAUUUGCCUGAAGUCGAACACACGUUUCGAAAUGUUGUCCCUCUGCUCGAUGCAACAAUUGGAAAAGAUGGUUAUUUUUGGGUCAAGUACGGCGAACAAUCACUGGCAGCAACAGCUACACGACGAAAUAAAGAGAGAGACCCAAAUGACCGUGCACGAAUUGGAUUCAAGAUUGACGCGAUGAUCGAAUACCAGAACCUUAGCUGGACUCCAGUUAUCAGCUGUUUAGAAGUUUCUGGUGGUCUCCCACAAUGCUCACGAUCUAAAGAGUGGGAUGAUACCCUUAAACUUGGAUUAGAACUCCGGGACUUAUGGGCGAUUGCUGGAGAUCAUUUGAUGGGUGUGGAUGUAAGUGAAUUGGUAUGGUGGGGUCUUGCAGUGAUUGGUCGCAAGAUUAGAGUCUAUGCUUUUGCCUCUUCUGGUUUCCUAUUUCAUUUGGUCCUGAUGUAUGAAGCUUUCCUUCCUUCUUCUCGUGAAGACCUUUAUAGUUUAGAACUUAUAUAUCUUGUAUUAAAAGAAUACAAAAAGAAGUUAGAUGAAACGAAAAAUAUGAUAAGUGAACUUAGCAAGAAGAAG